GCAGCCAACCAAAAAAAAAAAAAAUUGAACAUAUUUUCCAGGAAAAUUGAACGGCAGAACUUUGGGUGGUCGAUUUCGGAGUCUGAUCUGUAUACCUUCCCAUGGGAUAUGCCCAGAUCAUUCCCCUCAUCCCUGCCCCAAAGUUCCUCUGUUUUAGAGAAUACCCACAGGAGACGAGGCUGACGAUUCAGAGGAGAAGAGGAAGAUCCCAGGAGCUCGUUUGGCUGCUGUGAGACGAAAAUGGUGACCUGCAGCUGCUAUGGGACGGAGGCAAACAAAUCCGGAGAUGGAUUUCCGGCGGUGGAUUUCCGGCGGUGGAACGAGAUAGAUGAAGAAGUCGCCGCUGAGGGUGCCAAGAGGAAGGAAACAAGAUGGGGACGAUGAUGAUGAUGGUGGUGGCAAUCGGAGAAUGGAGAUGGUGGCUGUAUGUUGGGAGCUUUCGGGGAGAAGAAUAGAGAGAGAGAAAUCUUUUCUAUCUUUGUUUUGUCGGUCGCCCCCCGUUUUUAUUUGCGCGG